AGGACGAGGACGAUGAUGAGGAUGGGGAUGAGCGGGAGGAUGCGAUCCGGGAUUUACUCCGAAUCCGGGGCCAUCGAUAAAUAUCGGCACCACCACGACUUGACCUUCGCCGCUUCCGGAGCCGUGUUCUCGAUUAUGGCUUGGCUGGGGACAUUCGCAGUCAGGCGUGCGGGAGCUCCGAGGGACGAUCGUUACCGCCGUAUCGUUGCCAUCCUCUAAUCUUCAGUCAACGUACCGCGUUGAUUGGAGCAGCUGUGGAAAUCGACACAUCGAAUCGCCACGAUCUAAUGCGUGUGACUUGACCAGGUAAUCUGCAUCCACAAUUCCGGAAAACAGCUGCCGAUUGAAAGAAGGGAAAAGAAAAACAUAAGUAUCCAAAAAAUAAUAAUAAAACCAGAGAGCGGCAAAGAAGAGCUAUCUGAAAGACGAGGCAUCAGGGGAUGGACCACUUUGUUUGAAGAUUAACAGGUGUAGAAUCUACAUCGAAGGCCUGCAAGCCCCCGGGACGCUCGUAAAUCAGGCAUAGAUAAUUGGAUCGAAUCGCGAGAAGAGGUUCACCAAAUGAGAUGGCAACCGGAUAAUUUAAGCUGAUUAGCUUAAAUUCAAGCUUUGGAGAAGAGUGGAAACUAGUUUAAAAACUAUGAAUGAGAAAAUGACUUUGACAUUCCACUCUCCUAUAAUGGAGGAAGUUGAGAGAGGGCUGUUUUCCGAAGGCUUGGAACAGCGCAAGGAAGCGUUCAAGGGAGACAAGGAAUUGAUGAGGGAAACCACGAGGUUCGUCACCGACGUCAUCGAAACUGCUACCAACGAAGCUUCGAAAAGGAAAUGCCUCCAAUCGGAUUUCCAGGCAGAUGAAGGAAGUAGUUUGAGAGGUGGCGAUCGCUUGAAUGGCUGGAACUCGAGGGCUCGUGGCUUCUGCAGUCGAAUCCUGAACGCAGUUUGCCCCUGCAUUACGGCCAAUGAAUUUAUCAGCUGGGCAACAUAUCGCUUCACGAGACCUUAACCAUCCACAGGAUCGAUUCGUGGAAGUCCCGCUAAAUUAUACGUUUACAAGCACAAUAAUUCGGAGAUGUAUCUUAUCGGAGAUAUAUCGGAAUGUAUUCUAAUCGUAUUGAUCGAGAAAACCGGUCGCAAUGGCGCGAAUGCAAUAAUUGAUAUCUUAUAAAGCGUGGAACGUAAGAUGCAAACACGAGACGAAAACCAUGAAAAACGUAAUGAUAAAUUCAAUUCUACGACUUAAUCUAGGAAACACAUACUGUAUUGGUAAAUGUUUGUAAUAAGGGUGAAUUCAAUUAACGCUCGUAUGACAAUCAGAAAAUGAACUCUUAUAAUCCGGAAUCGAUCACCCGUAUUAAUAGGAAUAAUUAUAUUCAGGGUCUCCCAAAAAAAGCCAAUUUUAAAAUGUGGAUAAAAGCUGAACGCGUAACCAACCCCAUUCAAUCUUCAUCAUCUGGGAAUAAGAAGAAUGAAGCUUUAAUAAAUGCGUUUUUGAAAUUCCCGUCCGUUGCCGAGAUGUGUCACGCGUUUGAAAAAGAAGUUUCGAAAAAAUCGUUGCCGGAAUAAUAACCGGUGAGGCCAAGAAAUAUCAAUCUUGAACUCUAGGUAUUCUGCACGGAAUCUAUACUUAUAUGUUAUACUUACAUGAAAUCAAUAAUAUCGUAGGUAUAGUAUAAUAUAUGGACCUAUACACAUGUACCUACCUAUGCCUAUAUACAUAUUGAAUGUAUUUUUUUAAUUUAACAAAGAAUUGUAUACCAAUAUAUUCUCUUUUCGGACAUCCGGAAUAUUAUUGCACAAACAUUCCGAACUAUAUAAAUGUAUGAUCGAUAAUAUUUGUAUAAAUCUGGUGCGAAACGAUUUGUAUUCGUUCGAAGUGUAUAUGUGUAGAUCAUAAGUAAGAGCAUUAUUGAUUUAAUCUUCAUCCAGAAAUCCAGGUCUUGUGUUUCUGCACUUAUGAACCUCUGCAUUCAUUGCUUGGUGACCAUUGAUAAUCGAUGAUGCAACGCCAUACCGAAAACAGUGUGCUAAGAAAGUUUUCCGUAUUCUGAUGAAAAUGAAAUUGUAGGAUAGAAUAGUGUGGUAGAGUGUGCUGGCCAUCAUGAGUGUGUAUGGAAAAUUGAUUUAUUAUAUCUGAAAUUGACAAUCAAUAAAAAUUAAAUAUCGAUCA